AUGGAGAUAUCCUUGAAGAUGAAUAGCUAUAAAGCGGACAUUCUCCCAAUAUUAUUUAUUCACAAAGAAGGUGGAAAGAACAAACUCAUGAAGGGUACUAGUCAACUAAAAAUCAUGUCAAAUAUGCAAAAGGAAAAAAUAGCCAAUAAUCUCUAUGAAGUGCUUUCUCUUCGUUCUACAGAUGUAGGGUUUGAAGAGAUAAAGAAAGCUUAUAGAUGCAAGGCUCUUCAACACCAUCCUGAUAUUUGUCAUCAUUCAAAUAAAGAAGAAUCAACAAGACAAUUCAUUGAGCUGAGAAAGGCAUAUGAGACUCUUUCCGAUCCAAUUUCUCGACAAAGUUAUGAUUAUGAGCUGAGUUUGAUGAAUUCUAGUGAGAGCGAAUUGAUGUGGAGAAAGUCUAAGGAAAAAAGGAAGACAAUUUUCACUAAGGAGGUAUGGGAAAGACAACUUGAUGGGUUGAGAAGGCGAUCUUGUAAUAGAAUGGAGAAAAAGAAAUGUACGUUCAGCUAG